AUGCACGACCUAACCCUCGUCACCGACACCUCGCCCGCGACAAUCGACGCCCUCGCGGCCGCCUACGUGGCCAGCUUCUCCUUGCGCACAUUCUACCCCGCAGCCGCGCAGUUCGUCGGGCUCGACGGCGAGAGGUGGCAUGCGCUGCAGAUGCGCCGCGUCGUGGCCGCCGCGCUCGCGAAUCCCGCGCACGAGGUGUGGUGCGUGCUUGGAGAUCGGGCGGGCGGGGCGGGCGGGGCGGGCGGGCGCGAGGUGGGUGCGGUGGUCGUGCUCAAGAUGCCGGGGUGUCC